AUGCAGGACUUCCUGAACCGCAACCAGGAGCGAAAGGCCGUUGCAGAAGGGCAGAGUAGCACCAGUCUACCGCUCGUCUCAGCAAAACCCAAGCUUUCUGAGCCUGCUCGAUCUACACCUCAGUCGCGCCCUUUGACACCAACCACUAAGCUCGACGAACUAGAUUCGGUCGCAAGCAAAGACCCGUAUGUUUAUGGGCUUCUGACCCCUGUUGGACACAACAUCAGACUGAUCAAGGUCCACCGGGCUUCUGCAUAUCCCUACCCACACCUCGGAGGAGCUAGUUUUGGCUGUACGAUUGAUGUAUAUGAGAUCGACCGAGCUCCACCUUACAUUGCUCUCUCUUAUACCUGGGGUGCUCCACUUCCCACACACAGGGUCUGGUUGAACGGUAAAUGCUGGUUUGUUCGCGAGAAUCUGUACAACUUCCUUAACGCCUUUAGUCAGAGCGAGAAGGCGCAACAAACCAAGCAUAUAUGGGUGGAUUCACUCUGCAUCAACCAGACCAAUAUACAGGAGCGAAACCAUCAAGUCGGCAUGAUGGCUGAAGUAUACGGCAAUAGUCAUACUGUCAUUACUUGGCUAGAUGAUUCCUGCUAUCAGCCGCUUCAACGGAUCAUGGAUGGUACUUUCGAAUACAAACAUUUCGAGUAG